AGACACUGCGCGGUGUGUUAGGUCCGCACCUCGCUUCCUCUCUGCGGUGCCCCGGGGAGCUUCAUCUUGGGGUCUCCGCGGUGCAGGUACAGCAGCCAAAGCCCGGAAAGACAGUAAUGUCUGAACAGCACGUAGCUACUAAGUAGCAGGAGGAGGCCUGGCAGCUGCCUUUCUGAAUGUGACCCCAAGACAGAGACCCAAGCGGGGACGCAGGUCGCCGUUUGAGGUCUCCACAUGUGUCCAGUCAUCUCACCCUCACAACACUCCCAGUGCGGUGGAAACAGCCGGAGGGGUAGCAGCUUGCUCAAGGUUCAUGACGAGGAGACGACAGAGCAGCAGGUGCCUUAGGAUCUCCCAAUGGGGUGGCUUGGCUCUGGGCUCACGUUUUCUGUGAGCUGCCUGAUCCUGGUGUGGGCGGCAGACUCUGGGAGUCUUAGGGUCCGGCAUCCGCCCACCUGCUUCUCCGACUUCAUCAGCACCUCCACCUGUGAGUGGAGGAUGAGCGGCCCCACCAACUGCAGCGCCGAGCUCCGCCUGACCUAUCAGCUGGAUUUUCGGACCUCUGAAAACGGCACGUGUGUCCCUGAGAAUAGGGAAAGCACUGUGUGCCUGUGCAACAUGCUGAUGGAUAACGUGGCCAGCGUGGACAUCUACCAGCUGGACCUGUGGGCUGGGAAGCAGCAAUUGUGGACCGGUUCCUUCCAGCCCAGCAAGCAUGUGAAACCCAGGGCCCCUGGAAACCUCACAGUUGCUUCCAACGACUCCCACAUGUGGCAGCUGACCUGGAGCAACCCAUACCCUCCUGAGAAUUUCCUGUACGAUGAGCUCUCCUACCAGGUCAACAUUUCAAAUGAAGACGACCCCUCAGAGUUCACAGUCUAUAAUGUGACCUACAUGGAGCCCACCCUCCGCUUCUCAGCCAGCAUCCUAAAGCCUGGGACUUUCUACAGCGCGCGGGUGAGGAUCUGGGCUCAAAUCUACAACAGCACGUGGAGUGAGUGGAGCCCCAGCGUCAAGUGGUUUAACUACUAUGAGUGGCCCUGGGAGCGGCACCUCCCGCUUGCCGUCGCCAUCUCCUGCAUCAUCAUCGUGGUCAUCUGCCUGUCCUGCUAUUGGAGCAUCAUCAAGAUUAAGAAAGACUGGUGGGACCAGAUCCCCAACCCGGCCCACAGCCCCCUCGUGGCUGUCGUCAUCCAGGAGUCUCAGGUGUCCCUGUGGGGGAGCAGGUCCGGAGGCCAGGAACCAGCCAAGUGCCCAUACUGGAAGACCUGUCUCACCAAGCUGCUGCCCUGUCUCCUGGAGCAUGGCGUGGGGAAGGAGGACAGUUCCUUCAAGGACGCCCGGAGCGGGCCCGUCCAGGCUCCUGGAAAGUCAGCGUGGCGCCCCGUGGAGGUCAGCAGGACGAUCCUGUGGCCCGAGAGCAUCAGCGUGGUGAAGUGCGUGGAGCUGUCAGAGGCCCCGGUGGAGGUGGAGUGUGAGGAGGAGGAGGACGUGGAGGAAGACAAAGGGAGCUUCUGCUCCUCUCCUGAGAGCAGCGGGGGCGGCUUCCAGGACAGCAGGGAGGGCAUCGUGGCCCGGCUGACAGAGAGCCUGUUCCUGGACCUUCUCGGGGGUGAGAAUGGGGGCUUUUGCCCGCCAGGCUUGGGGGAGUCCUGCCUUCUUCCACCUUCAGAAAGUGUGAGCGCUCAGAUGCCUUGGGCUGAGCUACCAAGCGCGGAGCCCCAGGAGGCAGCCCUUCAGGGCACAGAGCAGCCGCUGAGCCCCGAGUGCACCCCUGCAGCCACGCUGACGGGGAGCCCAGCCUGCCUGGCUCCCACACAGCCGCCUGCGGUCAUCGUCACAGACAACCCCUUCUACCGCAGCUUCAGCAACGUGCUAAGCCAGUGCUCAGGUCCUGGGGAGCUCGACUCAGACCCACAGCUGGCCGAAGGCCUGGGAGACGGGGACCCCGACAUGCUCUCUGCCCCCCAGCCCUCUGAGCCACCCGCUGCGCUCGCGCCUGAGCCAGAAAGCUGGGAGCAGAUCCUCCGCCGGAGCGUCCUCCAGCACCAGCACGGGGCAGCCGGGGGGCCCGCCGCGGCCCCCAGCAGCGGCUACCGGCAGUUCGCGCAGGCGGUGAGGCAGGGCGCCCAGGGCGGCGGGGAGGCCGGGUACAAGGCCUUCUCCAGCCUGCUGCCCAGCGGUGCCCUCCGCCCAGGGACAUCAGGGGCUGAGGCCAGCAGCGGCGAGGGCUGCUACAAGCCCUUCCGGAGCCUCCCUUCUGGCUGCCCUGGGGUCCCUGCCCCUGUGCCCCUGUUCACCUUUGGGCUGGACCUGGAGCCGCACGGCCCUAAGCGCGCACUGCCCCCAGGCAGCUCCCCGGGGUGCCCUGCUCUGGAGCCAGGGGUAAAGGGAGAGGACAGCCAGAAGCCCCCGCUCUCCCGGGAGCAGGCCUCGGGCCCCCUCAGGGACGACCUGGGCAGCGGCAUUGUCUACUCAGCCCUCACCUGCCACCUGUGCGGCCACCUGAAGCAGUGUCACGGCCAGGAGGAGCGUGGCGAGGCCCACGCUGAGGCCACGCGCUGCUGUGGCUGCUGUUGUGGAGACAGGUGUGAGUCCCCCGUGAGCCCCCUCCCAGGGGCGGUUCCACUGGAGGCCAGCCUCCCGGCCUCCCUGGGUGGCUCAGACGGGGGCAAGUCCUCCCUGUCCUUCCAGCCUGGCCCCAGCAAUGCGCAGGGCUCAAGCCAGGCCCCCGCAAUGGUGGCCGUGCUCUCCACAGGGCCCCCUGCGUGAGUGCCUCCCAGGUGUGUGCCCGCUCGCUGCCGAGUGCCCUACCCGUGCGCGAGAAAUGCCGCCCGGAAGGCAGCCAGGCGGCGGAUUUCCGAGACUCGGGGAGCGUGGUGUGGAGGGAGGUGGUCAGACACGGGGGCUGCAGAGACUGGCUCCGCAUUCUCAACACGGACCCGAGCUCAGCACGUGCCGUGGGAGGGGCGGGCGCCGGGCGGGUGCCCACAGCAGUCACCUGCAGAGAUCUGGACGCUCCUGGGCACCUUGGCUGAUGAACGAGCCGUUGGCCACUUGAUCGGUCCGCAGCUUCUCCAGCGUACUGUCCCUGUCAUGCCCGCCCAAGGCACCUUUGUCCACCUUGUCACUCGGUUGCCCGUGUCUUGCCCAGCCCCGGGACUCGCUGUUGCCAUGUUGCUGGCUUGGACGCUGAGCCUAGAAACUAACCAAGCCAACAGGGGACACAUUGGGGGGCCUUGGGAAACUGGUGGGAAAUGGAGGUCCUGGAAGGGUAGUUAUUUGCCCAGAGGUGCCGUUCACUCAACAGGGCUUCAGGAGGUCGACACUGGAGGCGGGAUCUGGGCUGUGGAGGGGCUUAGUCAGUGGGGUCACAGAAGCACACGAAAUGGGGACUACCAAGCAGUGACACUGUGCUGGCAGAUUCCUACAGGGCUGUAAGGCUGGGGGCCCCUGUGAAGCCCGGUCCCCAGAAUAGACACCUCCAGCUGCCGUGGGGCCAGUCUGCGCCGUGGUCACCAUUGCUGGCAGCCAGAGACCUGUGAUCCGGCUGAGCUGGACACUCCAGAUGCCAACACCAAGCACAGGAAGCUUUUGCACACUGGCCCUGACCUCAUGUUCAGCAAUGUUUGUAUGCAUCUCAAAGAUUGUUCUAAACCUGCUAUUUAUAUUUG